AGUUUACUAUACAUUCCAUUUAGUUUUUUGUAACUCUCCUAAACGUGCACAAACUCCGAUAAUCUCCAUAUCCAUCUCCUCCCCAUAACACCAAUUCAUUCCCCCCUCUUCCCUUUUCUCUCAAUCUCUGGGAAUAUGGAUUCUAAAACUUCUGCACAACUAAUGAACAUUCCAAAGAAAGAGAACCAACAUGAAUUUGACUUGUUCUCCAUGGAUGAAUCCUUUGAAAAACUUGCAGAACUUCCUCCAUUAGAGAGUUUCUUGGAGAUCGAUUAUCCGUCUUUGUCAUCAUACGACAAAAAUUUUGGGUCCGAGGGCUUUCAAGAGCUGAUGAGCAUUAAUGACUACUCCUUGGGUUAUAAUCAUCUUCUUUCUUGGGAUGAAGAUAUUGUAGUCGACGCAAAGCCACUAAACACAAUUAAUACCAUUGCUGCUGCUGCUACUACUACUAUAGGCAAUGCUGAUGAUUUUGCUGCUACUUCAACUAUAAUGGACAAGGAAGAGGAAAAGAGGGUGAUAAAAAGUGGGAGGAAGAGGUCGGUUCCAUUAGAAUUGGAGGAAAAGCGGGUAACAACAAGUGGAAGGAAGAGGUCGAUUCCAUUAGAAUUGGAGGAGAUUCGAAAGCAUUUUGAUGUGCCCAUUACAAAAGCAGCCAAGGAGAUGAAGGUGGGAUUGACAGUUUUAAAGAAGAGGUGUAGAGAACUCAAAAUAAUGAGAUGGCCACACAGGAAAAUCAGAAGCUUGAAGUCUCUUAUCAACAAUGUCAAGGAGAUGGGGUUGACUCAUGAGAUAGUGAUGCUGGAGGAGCAUCAAAGACUUCUAGAGAAAAAGCCAGAUAUGGAGUUCAAUGACACCACCAAGAAGCUUAGGCAGGCUAUUUUCAAAGCAAAUUACAAGAAGAAAAGGUGCUUGGCAGCUCAUGCUUGACAAGCACUUCAUCCGUAGCGCAAAUAGGGAAGGAAAACUUGCUCCCAUGAAGAAGCUAUUUUUGACUUUUGGUACACACAGGGAACUUACGUGGGCAGUGAGUGUAAUUAGGUUCUACAGAAAAAAGCAUACAUGAUUAUUGACUAGAUUUUGCAAGGUGCACUGUUUGUUUUUAGGCAAACUGAUAUAUAGUUACCGUUUAAUUGUUGAAAUCUUUGCGGGAAUAUUAACUCUCUCAUCAUGCUAAUGUCAAGUUAUCACCACUAUUCUCACUACAAUGGAAAAUUACUAUUAGAAACUGCCAAUUAGACAAUGGGAGUCAAAGAAAGCCUGUUACCAAAUUCUCCUUUUUGGGUUUUUAAUCUUUGUAGAUGAUAUUAAUAAAUUAGACAUUAUUA